CAAAUCUUGUCAGGGAGGCACAGAGUAGCGAGUUUAUCCGGUGUGUAGCAGAAGAAGUGUACACGGAUGUUCAACAACCUCACCGCAGAGAUGAGUGGACUGCCACGGUCACAGUGCGAGGACAUCAGAUAAAGGAGAUAGGGAACUCGGCUUGAGAAACACCAACAUCGCUCCGGCAUAUUUAUCGUUUGAGAACUUCUUUGAAAUGUUUUUAUUGAGUAAAGCGAGCCACUCGUAGCCAAAGAAAACCCCUCCGCCUUCUUCAGUGACCGAGAUGCGUUUCAACGAGAAGGAGCUGGUAUGUUUGAGCCGCCAACCCUCAGAGAUGGCAGCAGAGCUGGGAAUGCGAGGUCCCAAGAAAGGAGACGUUGUCAAGAGGAGGCUGGUGAAACUGGUAGUUAACUUUCUGUUUUACUUCCGGAUUGAUGAAGAGGAGCCAAUCGGGGCUCUGCUGUUGGAGCAGUGUCGUGUAGAGAGAGAGGACAGUCAGACUUUCUCUAUUGCAUUUCUAGAUGAAGCAGAGAGGAAAUAUCUGUUUGAGUGCGACUCUGAGGAGCAAUGUAAGGAGUGGACAGACUCUAUUAUCAAAGCCAGCUACGAAUUCAUGAGGAGGAAUCUUAUAUUCUAUCGAACGGAAAUCCACAGGCUCACUGGAAAGGAUCCAUUGGAGCAGUACGGUAUAUCUGAUGAAACCCGCUUCCAGGUCAACAGUGGGUCGCAGCUGAUGGCCAGAGAUACCUCCUCCCUGUAGACCAGGAAGCUGUGCUCGGAUUAUUUUGUUUAGUUUGCCAUUCCAUCAUUCGCUUUUCUUCAAAACAGCGAUUCUGUCCUCCAAUCUCAUCCAUCUGCAUUGGUCUGUUCUGUUGGAUUGUCAGACU